UGAGGCAGAAAAAAGCCCAGCCACCGGGUGGGUGGGGCUGACACAUGCCUCUCUCUGCAGCACGAGUACCUGAUGAAGCUGAAGGUCAUGUACACCGUGGGCUAUAGCUCCUCCCUGGUGAUGCUCCUGGUCGCCCUCAGCAUCCUCUGUGCUUUCCGGAGGCUUCACUGCACCCGCAACUACAUCCACAUGCACCUUUUUGUGUCCUUCAUCCUGCGUGCCCUGUCCAACUUCAUCAAGGAUGCCGUGCUCUUCUCCUCGGACGAUGUCGCUCACUGUGAUGCCCAAAGGGUGGGCUGUAAGCUGGUCAUGGCUUUCUUCCAGUACUGCAUCAUGGCCAACUACGCCUGGCUGCUGGUGGAAGGCCUCUACCUUCACACGCUCCUCGUCAUCUCCUUCUUCUCCGAAAGGAAGUGCCUCCGGGGAUUUGUUGCCCUCGGAUGGGGUUCCCCGGCCAUUUUUGUUGCUUCGUGGGCUAUCAGCAGGCACUUUCUGGAAGAUGUCGGGUGCUGGGACAUCAAUGCCAACGCGUCCAUCUGGUGGGUCAUUCGGGGGCCCGUGAUCCUCUCCAUCCUGAUUAACUUCAUCCUUUUCAUAAACAUUCUAAGAAUCCUGAUGAGAAAACUUAGAACCCAAGAAACAAGAGGAAAUGAAGUGAGCCAUUAUAAGCGCCUGGCCAAGUCCACCCUCCUGCUGAUCCCCCUCUUUGGAGUCCACUACAUCAUCUUCGCCUUCUCCCCAGAGGACGCCAUUGAGGUCCAGUGGUUCUUUGAAUUGGCCCUUGGCUCGUUCCAGGGCCUGGUGGUGGCGGUCCUCUACUGCUUCCUCAAUGGGGAGGUGCAGCUGGAGGUUCAGAAGAAGUGGCGACAGUGGCACCUCCGUGAGUCCCUACUGCGCCCCGUGGCCCUCAGCUCCUCCUUCAGCAACGGCACCAGCGGCCUGGCCCACAGCACCAAGGCCAGCACCUCGGAGCAGAGUGGGGCCACCUGCAGGGCCGGUGUCAUCUGAGAGCCUGGAGCAGGGCCAUCCACGGGACAGACACCCAGACGGGUCAUGAGAAGGCCAGACACUGCUGCGGGACAGUCCCGGACCCGUCUUCUCAGCAGACAUCAUCUGCUUCCUCCUGUGACCAACGACCCUCCCUCCUCUGAGCCUUGGGAUGGGGAGGGGGCUCUGGUGAGAGGUUCCUCGGAACUGAAAAUAAUGGGGGGACCACGGGGCAGGAAGAGGGCCUGGGUCAGAGGCUCCAGAAGAGGACAGGGAAAUAAAUGGUAGCUGGGAUGGGUUUGGUCUGUAACUGCCCACUCGUUUUGGCCCUCGAGACACAAGGUGGAGGAGGAUGCUCCCGCUCACUUCCCUACCCCUUCCUGGAGUUUCCAGGGUUAAGUUUGAAGCCCAUGAAACAGGAGAAAUGGAGACCCUUGGCCCUGGGUGCACCCUCCCUACACCUCACUACAACUCACCUGCCCAGCUGCUCUGACCCUACACUUCAAGAUGACUGAAUUCAUCUGAUCAAGUCAGUGAGGCCAAGAGAGCCCCAAGACCCCCAGCUUCCUCAGUAACCCUAGCGUGGCACAAGGCACCCCUCUGUUCCUCCUGCUUGCAGUUAUCCACAGCCCUGGGGGCACAACAGCUGGGAAUGGGGCAUAGAUUCCAGGGGACAGAAAAGAGAAACAGGUUCACCAAGGUCCCGCGACUUGCCCAAGAUACUCUGCGAGAAGGGGCAUGAGUUCAGUCCAGGGCUUUUGGUUUCAAAUCCCCAUGCUCUAAGGCUGCGUCUGUUUCUUUACUCCCGGGCACCGGACAGGGGCCUGUCUCUGUUUUAUGGGGAUCUGUCUCCCCUUUAUUCUCUGGAUCUCAGUUCCCUUGACUGUAAGCACUCCCUCAUCACCAGCCAUGUGAGGAUUAAAGUGAACUGAACAUUUG